AUUCAAUAUGGCUGCACCGAAUGUUAUCAGAAGUUCAAAACAUUGUAAGCUGUCAAAUGCAAGUCGUUAUAUUUAGUAUAAAUUAUUUCAUUAUAAAAGAUGCUGUUUUCCGUGUGUAUAUUUAAAAAUAUGCAUUAUUAUGUGGGAAAAGUUAUCUAGCAAUAUGGAAAUAAGCAACAUAUACAAUAGCCUUAGGUUAUGGUACAGGUUCUGUGUAUCGUGAUUUGAAUUUCGACAAAAUUAUUUUUUUUAAAUUUCUAUUCUUUAAUUGUAAAAUAUGGCGCGUUCCACGGUAUCAGCGCAAUGUGAUUUAGUUGCAUCCUAUAUGGAUGGAGUUCACGUUAAGAUUGCAGAGGCUUAUAAACCUCCAAGAAAAGUGUGUCUACCAGCUGCAUAUAAUAAUAAAUUACCAGACGUGUCAAAAUUAAGUUAUGACUUUAGUUUGGAACGAUCGGUGCUUGAAAAGAUGACAGAAUGGCGUACAGUUAGACAAGCAAAUAAUAAGGCACGACAUGCACGAUUAGAUGAAAAGAAAAUGAGAGAGAAAAAAGAAUUUUCACCUCCUCCACCACCUCCAUUGCCUGAUAUGACAAAACAAUUGCCUGUAAAUGCACCUGCACCUGAGACUACAAUUCUUACACCACAACCUUUGUCUCCUCCACCCAAUGAUCUCCAAGAUCAUGUAAAAACAAAUGGUCUUGAUUUUGCUGAUUUUGAUAAUGAUACAAGUAGUCCAUUUGAUAAUAUGGAAUUAAAAACAAUCAAUGAUAUGGAAGAACUUGCUCAGGUACUUCAACCUACAUCUCAAUGGGUACCGCUAGCAAAGUUAGAAAGUAUAUUGAAUGAUUUAACUGUUGAUGAUCAAUCGGAUGUUCACAUAGAAGAAAAAAGUGAUAACACUAAAAAUGAAACAAAUGAUCAGGAAGAAGAGACCAAUGAAGAAAAUGUUAAACAUCGUAGUGUGUCUACAAUUGUACAAGAGCUUCAAAGAGACUUAGAAAGACCUUUAAAGGAGAACUGGAAACCUUGGUCAAAUUUAGAAAGUUGUGAUAUCAAUUCUUGCGAAACAAAAAAACAAGAAGAACCAAUGGUAUCAAAUCAAGAUACAGUUAUGAAUUUACUACAAGAUUUGACAGAAGAAGACAAAAAAUUAGCUCAUCACUUGAGUGAUAUGGGAUUUCCUUUAUCGAAAGCUGCUCGUGCUAUACGUGAUUUAGGCGGUCAAGAUAAUAAAAAGAUUGUAGAAUAUUUAUUGGCUGUGCAGUCUUUAGAGGAAGCGGGAAUUUCUGGAGAGGAUGCUGAGAAAGCCCUUGCUCUUACAGAGUGCAAUCAAGAAAAAGCUAAAGCUUACCAUGAAAAUCUAUGUACUUUACGAGAUUUAGGUUUUCCCGAAGAAGAAGCGUCCGCUGCACUCUUAAAAUGUAAUAUUGAUCGCGAUAGAGCUUUAGAUUUCCUUAUAGCUUAAAUAUAGAAUUGUGUAAAAAGCAAUUGAAAAAAGGUCUAAACAAUUUUUUUACUGCACAAAAAGUGAAUAGAAAUUUUCUUAAAUUGUAAAUAAAUUAAAAGUCAUGCUAUUUUGGGAGCAAACGUUCAGCGACUAAAAUAUUUAUAAUAUUUCUUUGUAUAAUAGCAAUUCAACAUACUAGCCAUUGUAAGAUAAAAUGAUAUGUAAAUGUUUUCUUACGAUGUACACUGAGUGCCCCUACUAAAUGUUUAGUGUUAUAAAUGAUAAACAAUUUUUAAUCUAAUUUAAAAAUAUUAAGCUCUUUUAUUUUUUAUAUGUUAUAUUUACAGAAUUACGUACUAAACAAUGUAAGUAUCAUUAAUUUAUAUGAUACCAGUCGUGAUUGACGGCCAAUUUGGAAUAUUUCGCAAAUUCAGAUGCGCAUCUGUAAAAUUAAAAUAAACCUUUGGUAUUAUAUAUGAA